ACUGGUGCAGAGUUUCUGGCCCUAAACACCUCAGCCUCUGCAAUGGCACUCACAACAACAAAUCCAAUGGAUGAAACCAUCCCUGGAAGUAUUGACAUCGAAAUCCUAAUCCCAAACUUGAUGAUUAUCAUCUUCGCACUGGUAGGGCUGACAGGAAAUGCCAUUGUGUUGUGGCUCCUGGGUUUCUCCUUGCACAGGAAUGCCUUCACGGUCUACGUCCUAAACUUGGCCCUGGCUGACUUCCUCUUCCUCCUCUGUCACAUCAUACUUUCCACAGAGAGACUUCUCAAUUAUCCCUUCUCCAACAGUAUCUUUCACAAUUGCCUCAUCACUUUCAGGGUGGUUCUAUACAUCACAGGCCUGAGCAUACUCAGUGCUAUCAGCACUGAGCGCUGCCUGUCUGUUCUGUGCCCCAUCUGGUAUCGCUGCCACCGCCCAGAACACACAUCAACUGUCAUGUGUGCUGUGAUCUGGGUCCUGUGCCUGUUUAUCGGCAUGCUGGUUUGUUAUUUCUGCGAUAUAUUUCAUAUUAGACAUGUACUUGACAAUUGGUGUAUGGCAUCAAACUUCUUUACUGCUGCAUACCUGAUGUUUUUGCUUGUGGUCCUCUGUCUGUCCAGCCUUGCUCUGCUAGCCAGGUUGUUCUGUGGCACUGAGCGGAUGAAGCUUACCAGAUUGUAUGUGACCAUCAUGCUGACACUUUUGGUUUUUCUCAUCUGCGGCCUUCCCUGUGGCUUCUACUGGUUCCUAAUUUUCUGGAUUAAGAAUAGUUACAGUGAAGUCGCUUAUAGUCUUUAUCUGGCAUCAAUUGUCCUGACUGCUGUUAACAGCUGUGCCAACCCCAUCAUUUACUUCUUCGUGGGCUCCUUCAGGCAUCAGUUGAGGCACCAGACCCUCAAAAUGGUUCUCCAGAGGGCACUGCAGGACACACCUGAGUCUGCUGAGAACAUGGUAGAGAUGUCAAGAAGCAAAGCAGAGCCUUGA